CUUUGAUUUUUUUUCUGAGAAACUGAGAUCUGCCUUCAAAAAUUUCAGAAUAUUUUGAAGUCCAUUGCACAAGAACAUGGAUGAAAACAAGCAUGAUCAAGCAGCAAAAGAAGGACGUGGGAAGAGCAAAGUUCAAUCUGAACCCAAGGUGGAACCUCCUACCAGUCCUCCAGCUCUCACCAUUGGUCCCUCUGCCUCUUCAUCCAACCCACAGACAGCAAAAGAAUCAUUGGAGCAGCAACUCAGUAAGUUCUGGGCAAAACAGCGUCAGGAAGUUGAGGAGACCAGUGAGUCCAAGAAUCACUGCUUGCCAUUGGCUAGGAUCAAGAGGAUAAUGAAGUCUGAUGAGGAUGUGAGAAUGGUAUCAGCUGAGGCUCCUGUGCUGUUGGCCAAGGCUUGUGAGAUGUUCAUCAUGGAGCUCACAAUGAGGGCAUGGGGUAAUGUUGAGGAGAACAAGAGGAGGACACUUAGUAAGAAUGACAUUGCAGCUGCAAUGUCAAAGACUGACAUGUAUGAUUUUCUUGUUGAUAUUGUCCCCAGGGAAGACACAAGGGGUCCUCAAGUGUUUACAGGUAUACCAGGAACACCCAUUCCUCCGACUCUGUCUCAGAUUCUUCCUAACAAUCCUGUGCCACCUCAUAAUCAACAUGAUGCUGCAGGUCCACAGUCUGGUGCUCCAACAAUGCUCAUGGGAGUGCCCCUUCUUGAUCCAACUGAUCCUCAGCAGCUGCAAGACCAGCCUUCUCCAACUCCAGUGUUGCCCAAACCCGAAGAAGAGAACAACCCUUCUCCUGAUUCAGAUGACUGAGCAGAUAAAAGUUAAUCACUGAAAAACUAGACAAUUAUGCAUUCAGUGUAUGGUCAAUAAGCUCAGCAGACUUUUGCUUUUCAUUUUCCUUUUUAAUGGUUUCUUAAACUGAGUUUAAAUAAUCCGAAUUUGAAUGUUUGAAACUUUUAUCCUUGACAAUUUGGUAGUUUCAAGGUUGCUUUUAUUUAAGUAC